AGCGAGCGAGAGGCGAGCCAGCGGAGGAGCCCCGAGGCGGGAAAGUCAGCUGUCAAAUGCGCGGCGCCUGGCAGCGGAGCCCUCAGUCCGGCUCGGGGAGCCAUGGCGACCACAGCCUCUAACCACUACAGCCUCCUCUCCGCCGGGUCGCCCAUGGUCCACGGAGAGCCUCCGCCGGGGAGCAUGCAGCCGGGCGCCGCCGCCGCCGCCUACCGCGAUGCCCAGGCGCUGGUGCAGGCGGACUACGCCGCGGCGCUCCAGAGCAACGGCCACCCGCUCAGCCACGCUCACCAGUGGAUCACCGCGCUCUCCCACGGAGGAGGAGGCGGCGGAGGAGGAGGAGGAGGAGGCAGCGCUGGAAGCGGCGGAGGCGCCGGGAGCAGCGGAGGCGGGAGCAGCGGCGGGAGCGGCGGCGACUCUCCGUGGUCCAGCAGCCCCUUGGGCCAGCAGGACAUCAAGCCCUCGGUGGGGCAGGCCGGGGCCCGCGGGGAGGACUUGCAGCAGCAGCAACAGCAGCAGCAGCAGCAGCAGCCCAGCAGACCUCCGCACUUGGUGCACCACGCCGGGAGCCACCACGCCGCUGUGGCCGCCGCCGUGGCGUGGAGGACGGCGGGGGGCUCGGCUCACCUUCCCCCGGGGAUGGCGGCGGCCAACGGAGGCGGACAAGGCGGGCUGCUCUACUCCCAGCCGCCGCCGCCGGGAUUCACCGUCAACGGGAUGCUGGGCGCCGGCGGGAUGCACCACCACGGCUUAAGGGAGGCCCACGAGGAGCCCCCUCCGCCCCACCACGCCGAGCACCUCUCCCAGCAACAACAGCAGCAGCAGCAGCACCCCCCUCCGGCCCCUGCCCACCACCACCACCACCCGCACCCCCAGCACCCCCAGCCCCCCCACCCCCACCACCCCCACCACCCUCCCCCCCCCCACCCACACGAAGCCCCCCUCGCCUCCGCCCCGCACUCGGACGAGGACACGCCGACCUCCGACGACCUGGAGCAGUUCGCCAAGCAGUUCAAGCAGCGGCGGAUCAAACUGGGAUUUACGCAGGCGGACGUGGGCCUGGCCCUGGGCACCUUGUACGGCAACGUCUUCUCGCAGACCACCAUCUGCCGCUUCGAGGCCCUGCAGCUGAGCUUCAAGAACAUGUGCAAGCUGAAGCCCCUGCUGAACAAGUGGCUGGAGGAGGCGGACUCCUCGUCCGGGAGCCCCACCAGCAUCGACAAGAUCGCCGCCCAGGGCCGCAAGCGCAAGAAGCGCACCUCCAUCGAGGUGAGCGUCAAGGGCGCCCUGGAGAGCCAUUUCCUCAAGUGCCCCAAGCCCUCGGCCCAGGAGAUCACCUCGCUGGCGGACAGCCUCCAGCUGGAGAAGGAGGUGGUCCGCGUGUGGUUUUGUAACAGGAGGCAGAAAGAGAAACGCAUGACGCCCCCGGGAGGGACUCUGCCGGGAGCCGAGGACGUGUAUGGGCCCAGCAGGGACACGCCGCCGCCGCCUCCUCCUCACCACGGGGAACAAGACUGGGGAGAUGCUCUUCCCCUCCCUUCAAACCACCCCCUGACAACGUUGCUUCAAAGCUGCCUUUAAUUACGGAACAACUUGCUUGAUAGUCGGAUAGAAGAACGCGGCCUUCCCUUCACAAGGCAUCUAAAUUCCACAUGCUCCCUAUCUAUUCAACUAGCCCUAAUGGGCUUUAGCUUCUCAUAUUAUUAUUAAUUAUUAUCUCUGGGGUGGCUCUGGAUUAUGUGAUUUCUUUGCUCACCACAUAAUGUUUUUUAUCUCUCUCUUUCAUUGUUGUUAUUGCUGGUAGUGGUGGUGUACAGUUUUCUCCAUGGAGUGAAUUAUUCCCGUUUUGAGACACAACAGGGGAAAUGCUACACAUUAACAGGAUUGCCAUCAUUUCUUCCUUUUCUAAAGGUCUUGGAUGAGGAUUUUGCAUCACAACUCAGAACAAUUAAGCUGUUAAAUGUGCAAAACUAACACUCACAGAAAAAGUUUUCACAGAGGAAAAGAAUUGUCUACCAGCACAUAUCUAAACAAUUAAAUAUAUUACAUUCAAAUACAUUUCCUUGAACAAUUUGGUGGCACCCAGAAAACUUAAAAAAUUACUUUCAUGCUGAAAACGUUCCCCCUGCCCCAAAAGUCCCAUUGAACUAUGUGGAGCCAUUCCAGAGUAAUUGCUCCAGAGGUUGUAGUCCAUUUCAUUCUUGAAGUGUUUCCUAUGGCCACAGAGAUAUCUCAAAGCUUUUAUGUACACAUUAUCAUUUAUUGCCUCAUUGCUGUGACAAGAGGCAAGUACUCCUUUGCCACCAUGAACCUGUGUGAGCUUAUUUUUAAGCAAUGUCAGUAGACAUUCACUAGAAAUGUGGUCUAAAAUGGCAACUCCUUAGGGAAUAAAUUUCCGUAGAAAUGUAUGGUGUGCUCUGAAACUGAUCUGGAUUAAGCAGUGUAAGGGUUCCAGACUAUAUCGUUUCUCCUGCAGGAGGUACCAGAAAAUGUGAAAUGUAUAAUGACAAAAACAGGUGGAGAAUUUUUUUUAAAAAAAAUGGGACCCUCUUUUGAACUUCAGAAAUUGUCCAAUAAAAAAGUGUCACCUUACCUUUUGGUUCACUUAUUUUAAUACACACUAAGGUUCUACCUUACACAUGUGAAAGAAAUAUUCUUAAGCCAACUAUAUAGAACCAGGAUUCAACCUAAUGACGUUUUCCAAGUGCUUUUUCUUCAAGGAAACACAGGUGGCACAAUGACAUUACACAGAGUUGAGCUGAUUCAUGUGGUCAAACUAGUGGAAGUGUUAGGGUGUGUUAUAUAUGAAUAUGAAAUACUGCUACAUGGAAGAGUUGCUUUUGUUAUGAUUAGCUUCAGUGUGGGUAAGUAAAACAUUUCUGUUCUUACUAUACAGCAAGAGUGGGUAAUGUGCACCUUGCCAGAUGUUGGACUCCAGCUUUUGCCUUUUCUUAGCAUUGGCUAUGCUGCCUAGGGCUGAUUGGAGUUGUCUAACAACAACUGGAGAGCUACACAUUCCCCAUACCUGUUCUACAGCAUUUCCUCCUUUUAGUUUGGCUGGAAAAAUUAUUUUACACAACACAGUUGGGUCAUUCUACACAUUCUAGUGAAAACAAGAUACCGAGGUUAGAAACACUUAGCUCACCAAAACAUCUUACACAUUCCCUUACUAUUAGCCAUGCCAGCUCACUGUAGGCCUCAGUGUCUAGAUUCUAGAAGCUGAAAUUAAAAACAUCUGGAAGGCCAGAUAUUAUCUACUCCUACUGUAACAAAGUACAACUUUCAAGCCAGGUAGUUGCAACAAGAAGACAACCAUUGGAAGAAAUUGUCCCUUAAUCUGGGAUGAAGGUUCCUCCUUAAAUGCUGCCCUUCUGUCUAUUGUCUCUAGCAACUGUGGAUUGUGCUACUAUUGCUUACACUCACAUUACAACUUAAGAGGCUGCGACCUGAAUAAGCAAUAUCAUAACUAAUUUCUUGGUCAUUUUAUGUCACUCCCAGGCAUACUUAUCUAAAGAGGGAGCAUCAAACAGCUUCUUUUCAAGAUCAAUUUCAAGUGGCUUUUCAAGCCACUGCAGCCAACUAUGGCCUCUCUCACCUGAGCUGCCUAGAAGGUGGAAAUAGUCUUGUCUCAAGUCCCCCAUGUGCUUACUGUCUGCCAUCGAGGACUUGCUCUUUGGAGAGAGAGAUCUGAGAGCUCUUCUUGUGUGUGCAA